GCGCCUCUCUAUGACCCGCUGCCGCGUUCAGAGUGGGUGUCAUGGCGGCCGGCGUUGAGUUGGCAGGAGUUGCUCACGGAACUGGGGAAAGUCAGUAAAGCAGAGGAAGAAGUGGCCCAACCCGGACGGUGGGAAGUCGCGGGGAUGAGCAGAGGCCCCGCAGCGGUGACGGUGUCCCUGGAGGCGGGCCCCUGGUAAAGCCCCCGGCCAGGCCUCUGCGUUUCUAGGCAGAGCGCGGCCGUUGGUGCGCGCCCCUCGGAGCCGGCGUUGCUUAGGAACCCCUCCUUGUGCUAUCGAAUCCUGCGGGUUUUGAUUCGCAUUCGUCUCGCGGAGGCAGCGGUUCGAGGACACUUGGCGGGGUCGUCCGACGGCGCUGGACGCUUUUCUCGGAGCGGACAGGUCGUUCUCUAACCCGCAGCGAUGUCGUCCUGGCUUGGGGGCCUCGGCUCCGGCUUGGGCCAGUCUCUGGGUCAGGUCGGGGGCAGCCUGGCUUCCCUCACUGGCCAGAUUUCAAACUUUACGAAGGAUAUGCUCAUGGAGGGCACGGAGGAAGUGGAAGCAGAAUUACCUAAUUCUAGGAGAAAAGAAAUUGAAGCCAUUCAUGCAAUCUUAAGAUCAGAGAAUGAGAGGCUUAAAAAGCUUUGCAGUGAUCUAGAAGAGAAGCAUGAAGCAUCAGAACUUCAAAUAAAGCAGCAGUCUACAAGUUAUCGCAGUCAACUCCAACAGAAAGAGGUGGAAAUCAGCCAUCUUAAAGCCAGACAGAUUGCGCUACAGGACCAGCUGCUGAAGCUGCAGUCAGCCGCGCAGUCAGUGAGUUCGGGAGCUGGCAGCGUACCAGCAACCACUGCGUCGUCUUCAUUUGGCUAUGGUGUCAGCCACCAUGCUUCAGCUUUCCACGACGAUGACAUGGACUUUGGUGACAUAAUUUCAUCGCAACAAGAAAUAAACAGAUUAUCAAAUGAAGUUUCAAGACUUGAGUCUGAAGUUGGCCAUUGGAGGCAUAUUGCUCAGACUUCUAAAGCACAAGGAUCAAAUAGCUCUGAUCAAGAUGAAAUCUGCAAACUGCAGAAUAUCAUUAAGGAACUUAAGCAGAACCGAAGUCAGGAAAUUGAUGACCAUCAACAUGAAAUGUCAGUAUUGCAGAAUGCACAUCAACAGAAAUUGACAGAAAUAACUCGUCGGCAUCGAGAAGAAUUAACUGACUAUGAAGAACGAAUUGAGGAACUGGAAAAUCUGUUACAACAAGGUGGCUCAGGAGUUGCAGUAACUGAUCACUCUAAAAUCCAUGAGAUGCAAAAAAUUAUUCAAGUUCUACAAACUGAAAAAGUAGAGUCUACAAAAAAAAUUGAAGAACUUGAGGAUAAAAUAGAAGACAUAAGUAAAAAAUUGUCUUCUGCAGAAAAUGACAGAGAUGUUUUGAGGAAGGAAAAAGAACGACUAAGUGUGGAAAACAGACAAAUGAUGGAAGAAUGUGAAAGCUUGAAACUGGAAUGUAGUAAAUUGCAGCCUUAUGCUAUGAAGCAUGGUGAUACUGUGACAGAGGAGAAAACAAUUCUUCCACAGAGUACAUCAGUGGAAGAACAAGUGUUCAGACUGCAACAAGCACUGUCUGAUGCUGAAAAUGAAAUAAUGAGACUAAGUAAUUUAAACCAGGAUAACAGUCUCACUGAAGACAAUCAGAAACUUAAAAUGCAUGUCCAAGUUUUAGAAAAAGAGAAUUCAUUAUUGAGUCAAGAAAAGGAAGAACUUCAAAUAUCACUUUCUAAAUUGAACAAUGAAUAUGAAGUAAUUAAAAGUACAACUACAAGAAAUAUGGAUUUGGAUUCAGAAUUACGUGAUUUAAGACUUAAUUUAGAGGCAAAAGAACAAGAACUCAAUCAGAGUAUUACUGAAAAGGAAAUACUGGUCGCUGAGUUAGAAGAAUUGGACAAACAGAACCAAGAAGCUACAAAGCACAUGAUUUUGAUAAAAGAUCAGCUAUCAAAACAACAAACUGAGGGAGAUAGCAUCAUCAGUAAACUGAAAAAAGAUCUAAAUGAUGAAAUAAAGAGAGUUCAUCAACUUGAAGAUGAUAAAAUGAACAUUACUAAAGAGUUCAAUGUGCAGAAAGAAAAGUUAAUUCAAAAUGAACUGGUCCUAAGUGAUUUGCAUUUAACCAACCAGAAACUUGAGGAUAAAGUAGAAGAUUUAGUAGAUCAGUUAAAUAAAUCACAAAAAAAUAAUUUAAACAUCCAGAAAGAGAACUUUGAACUUAAGGAACAUAUUAAACAAAAGGAGGAGGAGCUUUCUAGAGUCAGGGAUGAGUUAACUCCGUCUCACAAUCAGGACUCUCACAGUAAUUGUAAGGAUGACUUACUUCAAGAAAGGGAAGCUGAAGUGAGAAGCUUAAAGCAAAAUCUCUCAGAAAUAGAACAGCUCAAUGAAAAUUUUAAAAAAGUUGCUUUUGAUCUCAAAAUGGAAAAUGAAAAGCUGGUUUUAGCUUGUGAAGAUGUAAGACAUCAGUUGGAAGAAUCUAUUGCUGGUAACAAUCAGAUUUCUCUGGAAAAAAACACUAUUGUGGAGGCUCUAAAAAUGGAAAAAGGACAGUUAGAGGCCGAAUUGUGUCGGGCUGAAAAGAGGCUGUUGGAAGAUGCAAACAAGUAUGAGCAAACCAUCAAAGAACUGUCUGCUGCGCGGAAUUUGAGCGCCUCUGCUUUACAGCUGGAACAAGAGCGUUUAGUUAAACUUAACCAAGAGAAAGACUUUGAAAUAGCAGAACUCAAAGAGAAGAUUGAGCACAUGGAUACUGAUCAUAAAGAAACUAAGAAAAUGUGGUCAUCUAGUUUAGAAGAGCAGAAGCAAUUGACACAACUUAUAAAUGAGAAGGAAAUUUUUAUUGAAAAACUUCAAGAAAGAAAUUCAGAGCUUCAGGAAGAAUUAGAUGAAUAUACUCAGGCCUUAAGAAAAAAUGAAAUUUUAAGACAAACCAUAGAAGAAAAAGACAGAAAUCUUGGAUCCAUGAAAGAAGAAAACAAUCAUCUCAAGGAAGAACUGGAACGACUCCGAGAACAGCAGAGUCGAGCUGCGCCUACGGCUGAGCCUAAAACCCUUGACAGUAUCACAGAGCUAGAGUCGGAGGUAUCGCAGCUGAAUACAAUAAAGGACAGUCUGGAAGAGGAAAUCAAACAUCAUCGAAAGAUCAUUGAAGAUCAGAACCAGAGCAAGGUGCAACUACUUCAGUCAUUACGGGAGCAGAAGGAGGAAAUGGAUGAGUUUAAAUACCAACAUGAGCAAAUGAAUGUCACACACGCCCAGCUCUUGUUAGAGAAAGAUGAAGAAAUUAAAAACUUACACAAGACAAUUGAACAAAUCAAAACCCAGUUACAUGAAGAAAGACAGGACGUUCAAACAGAGAAUUCUGAUAUUUUCCAAGAAACAAAAGUUCAGAGCCUUAAUAUAGAAAACGGAAGUGAAAAACAUGAUUUAUCAAAAGCUGAAACUGAAAAAUUAGUAAAAGGAAUAAAAGAACGAGAAUUGGAGAUUAAACUUCUAAAUGAAAAGAAUAUAUCUUUAACUAAACAGAUUGAUCAGCUCUCCAAAGAUGAAGUUGGUAAACUGACUCAGAUUAUCCAGCAGAAAGAUUUGGAGAUACAGGCUCUGCACGCUAGAAUGUCUUCAGCUGCCUACACCCAGGAUGUAGUUUACCUUCAGCAGCAGCUGCAGGCCUAUGCUAUGGAACGAGAACAAGUGCUGGCUGUUUUGAGUGAGAAGACUAGGGAAAAUAGCCAUCUAAAAACAGAAUAUCACAAAAUGAUAGACAUAGUUGCUGCCAAAGAAGCAGCCCUCAUUAAGCUGCAGGAUGAAAAUAAAAAAUUGUCCACUAGAUUUGAGAGUAGUGGCCAAGAUAUGUUUAGAGAAACCAUUCAGAAUUUAUCACGUAUCAUUCGAGAAAAAGACAUUGAAAUAGAUGCGUUAAGUCAGAAAUGUCAGACCUUAUUGACAGUUUUACAAACAUCCACCACUGGUAGUGAGGUUGGAGGUGUUAAUAGCAAUCAGUUUGAGGAGCUCCUACAGGAACGUGAUAAAUUAAAACAACAAGUGAAGAAAAUGGAAGAGUGGAAACAGCAGGUGAUGACCACGGUACAGAACAUGCAGCGUGAGUCAGCCCAGCUUCAGGAGGAGCUGCGCCAGCUGCAGGCACAGGUGGUGCUUGACAGCGACAGUAGUUCUAAGUUACAAGUGGACUAUACUGGCCUCAUCCAGAGUUAUGAGCAGAAUGAAACCAAACUCAAGAAUUUUGGGCAGGAAUUAGCACAAGUCCAGCACAGCAUAGGGCAGCUUUGCAAUACUAAAGAUCUUCUCUUAGGAAAACUUGAUAUUAUUUCACCUCAGCUCUAUUCUGGACCAUUGCUUACUUCCCAGUCAGCAGAGUCUCUUAGAACAAGUAAGUCUGACGCAUUGAGUGAGUCUUCUAAACAAGAGAUAGAAGAGCUAAGAAAGUCACUCCGGGAGAAAGAUGAAACCAUAAGAACUCUUCAGGAAAAUAAUCACAGAUUGUCUGAUUCCAUUGCCGCCACGUCAGAACUAGGAAGAAAAGAACAUGAACAAACCGAUUCAGAGAUAAAGCAGCUAAAGGAGAAACAGGAUAUUUUACAAAAGUCACUUAAGGAAAAAGACCUCUUGAUCAAAGCCAAAAGUGAUCAGUUACUUUCUUUAAAUGAAAAUUUCACUAAUAAGGUGAAUGAAAAUGAACUGUUGAGGCAGGCCGUCACAAACCUGAAAGAGAGAACAUUAAUUUUAGAAAUGGACAUUUGCAAACUAAAAGGGGAAAACGAAAAAAUAGUAGAAACAUCCAGGGGAAAGGAAACAGAGUAUCAGGCACUACAGGAGACUAAUAUGAAGUUUUCUAUGAUGCUGCGAGAAAAAGAGUUUGAGUGCCAUUCAAUGAAGGAGAAAGCGCUUGCUUUUGAGCAACUGCUAAAAGAAAAAGAGCAGGGCAAGACUGGUGAGUUAAAUCAACUUUUAAAUGCAGUUAAGUCAAUGCAGGAGAAGACAGUUAUGUUCCAGCAGGAGAGAGACCAAGUCCUCUUGGCCCUGAAGCAGAAGCAGAUGGAGAACACCGCUGUGCAGAAGGAGGUUCAGCAUUUACGGGAGAAAGAACUACGGUUAAACCAGGAGCUGGAAAGAUUGCGUAACCAUCUCUUAGAGUCAGAAGAUUCUUAUACCCGUGAAGCUUUGGCUGCAGAAGAUAGAGAGGCCAAACUAAGAAAGAGAGUCACACAGUUGGAGGAAAAGCUAGUUUCAUCCUCUAAUGCAAUGGAAAGUGCAAGCCAUCAGGCCAGUUUGCAGGUAGAGUCAUUGCAGGAGCAGUUGAAUACAGUCUCCAAGCAAAGGGAUGAGGCUGCCGGGCAGCUCUCGGUCUCCCGGGAACAGGUAAAGCAGUAUGCGCUCUCACUCUCCAACCUGCAGAUGGUCCUAGAGCAUUUCCAACAAGAGGAAAAAGCUAUGUAUUCUGCCGAGCUAGAAAAGCACAAACAACUUGUAGCUGAAUGGAAGAAAAAGGCAGAAAAUCUGGAAGGAAAAUUAGUUUCAUUACAGGAGAGUUUGGAUGAAGCAAAUGCUGCAUUGGAUUCAGCAUCAAGACUUACAGAACAGUUAGAUUUAAAGGAAGAGCAAAUCGAAGAACUUAAAAAACAAAAUCAGCUCCGACAAGAAAUGCUGGAUGAGGUACAGAAGAAACUGAUGAACUUGGUAAACAGCACAGAAGGAAAAGUGGACAAAGUGCUAAUGAGAAACCUCUUCAUUGGACAUUUUCACACACCAAAAAAUAAGCGUCACGAAGUAUUACGAUUAAUGGGAAGCAUCUUGGAUAUCAAAAGGGAAGAAAUGGAUCAGUUGUUGAAUGAAGAUCAGGGCGGUGUCACCAGGUGGAUGACUGGCUGGCUUGGCGGAGGAUCAAAAAGUGUCCCCAACACACCUCUGAGACCAAAUCAGCAGACUCAAUAUAAUAGUUCUUUUUCAGAACUUUUUGUAAAAUUUCUGGAAACGGAAUCUCAUCCAUCUGUUCCACCACCAAAGCUUUCUGUUCAUGAUAUGAAACCUCUGGAUUCACCAGGAAGGAGAAAACUAGAUACAAAUGUACCAGAAAGUUUUAAAGAUACAGCCGCAUCCAGGUCAGGUAGAAGGGCAGAUGUGAGUCCGUUCCUGGCGCCCCGCUCUGCGGCCGUGCCUCUCAUCAACCCAGCUGGACUUGGACCUGGCGGGCCUGGGCAUCUUCUUCUGAAACCCAUCUCAGACGUGCUGCCCACCUUCACUCCUUUGCCGGUGUUGCCGGACAACAGCGCUGGAGUUGUGCUGAAAGAGCUUCUCAAGCAGCAGUAGCUGCUUCUCAAGGCAGAGACGACACACAGAGCACUUUAAAGAAAACGUGAACACUACAUGGAUGUACUUGAUCACAAGUGGCCUUUUGGGAACAGUCAUGUGUUUGUUUUCAGUUGUACUUUCUCUAAAUUUAAUAAAAAUAUUCUUAUCUUAAUUUUUAAAAAAUACUCUGAAUACUCUUAGAAAUUGCAGGUGUCCCAGGAGGAGGUGUUUGCUCUGUUUGCUUUUUUCCUUCUCUGAUUAGACCUAAUUUAAGUUAGAAACAUUUGAUCUUUUCUCUUAAUUUACAAGAAUAAGGAAAAUAAAAAGACAGACAAAAGUACCAGUAGCUCUAUAUCAGCUCUUUCUCAUUUUCAAGCUCUUUUAAGCUAGAGACGUGGCUUAUCUUUUAAAGAUAAUCAAGAGAUUUACAAAACAAAAAGAGGAAGAAAAUAGUACUGGCCUAUCUGCAUAGUGCAGAAAAUUGAUCGGAAACAUAUAGUAAUCUUCAGAGAAUUUUGUGUGGACAAGCCAAGAACAAGGUUGUCCCUGGGAGGUCGUAGUGUCCUGAAGUGGGAUGUGUGUGUAUUCCUUUCUAUGCAGUCUUGUCACAUGUGCAGCUCCAUGUGACCACCACUGCAGCACAGCUGCAGAACAGUUUCAUCAAGGACCCCUCGUGCUCCCCCUUUAUAAUCAUAGCCACCUCCUUCCCUACCCUCCUCCUCAGCCUCUGGCAACCACUCGCUGCUCUCCGGCGCUAUAACUUGCUCAUUUCAAGAGUGCUGUAUAAAUGGAAUCAUACAGUCUGUGACCUUUUGAGAUUGGCUUUUUUCACUGAGCUUAAUUCCCUUGAGAUCCAUCCACAUGGUUGCGUGCAUCGGUAGUUUGUUCUUUUUUACUGUUGAGUACAUAUUGUAGAUAUGUGAUUUAGUUUGAAGAGCUAAGGUAUCUUUCUAAAGGUUCCAUUUUAAAACUGUUUGCUCACCCACAUGCACACAACUCUCAUGUAAGUGUUAAAUCGUACAGCUGCGUUUAUGUGACUAUAAUUAGCAAUAUCAGUACACGACGCCUCCUGCCUCUCUCUGAGGUGUUGAUACGAGAGGUUGUCAAGCCAGAAGUCAUCCGUUCUCGUCUUCGUGGUCAUGAGGGAUGAAGUCACUUCAGCGUCACCAACACCAGGUGUUUGGAACUUAAAAGUAAGGGAGUAUUUCUUUAAUUUUUUAUAAACGUCAUAAAAAUCUUGACUUGGAACUUAAUUAUAUCAGGAUGUUCAUGUUUGUAUUAAUUGUUGAAGUUGUACAUUUAAAGACAUUUCUUGCAAAUUUUGUAAAUUUCAAUAUGCCUUUCAAAUAGAAGCAUCUGUGUAAACAAGGGAAGGUGGUGAUAAUACUGAUCAAGUAUGUCAACAGGCCUCCUCCGGCCGGGGCUGAAUCUGGGUGUUUGUAAACUUUGCCGUGGUUAACUGUGCGCUUUCUGCUGUAUUUAGAAGACCGGAAGUCUUUAUGUGUUGAUGGGUAAAAUUUUUCUGAAAAAUUUAGUAACUGAGACAUUGCUGCUUCAGAACAUCCACUGUCUCCUUAGCUAAUUUAUUUAUAUUGCCAUUGUUAUUUCCUACACUUUAGAGGAAGUUGUCAUACAAGUUCUAUAUUAGAACUGUCGAACUGCCUCCUGUCCGUUUUGCCCAGUAUUUCUCUAUGAAAUUAUUACUCGUAGGUUUUAUAUGAUCCUUUCGAAGAUACUUUGACCUUCCUAAAUUAUUUGCUGCUUGCCAUGGAAGUUUCAUUUCAGUGUGGAGCAUCUGAAAUAAAAGUUUCUGAGUUAAAAAAAGACAUGAUCCUUCAUUUUGAAGAAAUAGAACAAGCAGAAAAACUUUCUGUUUUAAUUUGAAAAGGAGAUGUAUGAUGGGUAUUUAAGUAGCAUGUCAUCAUAUUUUAGAUGCCUCUUAUGACGUUGUGAGUAUUUCCUUCCCUGCUCGAAACAGCCUGUCCCCCUCACCCUGUCGUUGAACCUAAGUCUCGGAGCUCCUGUGGGUGGAUUGCGUAUCCAGACAUCACAGCAUGAGCUUACAUGGCUGCUGUGGAACUGAGUAUGUGGCCUCGUCCUAAAGCUGCAGCACCUCAUGUUUCAGCUGUAUCAGCACUGAGACUAUAGCGCACUGGUCUGCAAGCUAAGUGUGUGUGGAUCUACACCAGACAGAACUCAUCUACUUUUCUGAAACUAAGUUGUGUCGGAGAUGAACCAUCUGCUCAAGGAAUCUCAGUAACCCUAUGGUGAUGAAGCAUGUAAUUCUCAUGUUAGCAAUAGGACAUUGCUAACAGGAAUUUUACUGCAAUAUUGUAACUACAGUAGUUUUACUGUUUACUUCUCUAUAAACUCACUAGAAUUUGUGGUUGAAUUUUGCCUUCACGGCCACAGGUUUUGACAACAUUCCUAAUGGUUUUCAACUGCUCUACUAUAGUAGAAAAUCCAUCCAGCCAUGGGAUUUGACUUCAUUAUAAUCCUGCAUCAUAGGGUUGUCUGAGUUUUAGUUCCUGCUAUUAUUGAUUUAAAAGAAAAGAAGAAACAAAACCAAAACUAAACAGCGAAAACAUAGGGAAAAAGGAAUGACUUCCUUAAAAGCAGCCAAUUAUAUGAAUAUCCCCCCAAAUAAAGCCUCCAGGUUAAUUGAAAGAGGGAAAAAGAUUCUCAAAAUACUUAAUCAGUAAGUGGGAAAAAAACAGACUAUAUCUUAGGGGAUGGGAUUGAUGGGAAUUAUUGAGAAAGUGCAAUUGUGUGUCAAACAAAUUUAGCAUUUGAAUUUGAUUUAAAGCUAAUGAAUUUUUUCAUAUAUCAACGUAUUUGAAGUGUCUUCCAUCAAAAAAGUUUAUCUUUAAUUUUGUAAAUAUCAAGUAUAACUGAUAUUUAUUUUAUAUAUUCCUAUGGAAAAAGCAAUGAUACUUUUACUGUUCUGACAUUUGUGAUUAUUUGCCACUCUUUACUUUUUAACUUAUUAAGGUUUCUCUACUUAAAAUGGAUAAGUUGUCUUUUGAUUUUUAGAGGCAUAUCUAAAUGUGGGAAAUUUACAACCCAACCUUAAUAUUGAGUUAUGUUUUAUAGAGCUAACGUCAAUGCAUUUCUGAAUUUCUCAGGAGCACUGCAAGGCAAAAAAAAUACUCCAAAUAAAAAUGAUAUAUGUAAGUUGGCAAUGUCUUCAUCCACAAUAAAAAAAAUUUUUUAGCAAA